GAAGACAUCCUCCCGAGCCGCAAGAGUCACCGAAGCCCUCUCGUCCUCGUCGGCGCCGCGAUCACCGCGGGCGUCCUCUUCGCCGGCUUCGUCGCGUUCAAGACGGGGAACCAGCAGCUCUCGCAAAACAUGAUGCGAGGACGGAUCUUCGCGCAGGCGGCGACGAUCGGCGUCAUGGUCGGCACG